AUGGCUUCAUCCGAAGAAGUCCAGAAGUCAGCAGUAGUCCCAUUCAACUGUACUGACUUGUCGUGUUGUAAAAUAUUAGAAAAUCCAUGUGUGACAGUAUAUGUACAUGGUCAGUCAGAAACCUGCAGUCAAGUAACCACGGUAUUUCAAGAUUUUUGUUCUCUAAAACAUUAUACUACAAAAAAUGGUCAGAGAUUUCGUGUUAUAGUUCUAUCGAAUCUUUCCCGAAGUCCUGUGCAAACACCUAUCCCACCUAACUUGUCGCCGUUUUAUUCAGAUCCACCCAAUUGUCGUUCAACUUGUAUUUCAACCCAACCUGUUUGUAUACCUUUAACCGCAUCACAAAUAUCAGCAUUCUCAGCUCCAAGUGGUAGCCUACUUGGGAGUAGUUUUGGUGCAAUCACUGUCGACAAUCAUAACAAUAAAAAAGAGUUAAGUCUAGUCACCAAUGUUGUUCAAGAUAAGAUGGUGUCGAGAGACUAUAACGCUGAUAAACCUAAUUCUUCACAAUCGUUACAUAGUCGUAGAUUAAGUCAGUGUAAUCGUUUAUCAGAAUUCUGCAUAAAUUUGUUUGUAUACAAGAGUGCAAAUGAACUGUCGAGAUGCUAUGAAUUAAUAAAAGAUGAUGCACCAAAUUCUACCUAUCGAAGUUCACAUGAUGGUUCUAAGACUAACCAGAAAUCAAUAAAAGUUUUGACUUAUCUAUAUCCUAGUAACUCUGGGAUACUUGAAAAGAGAAAUACAAUCCUUUCUGGACUAUUAUUUUCAUCUCGCUAUAGAAUUCCCUAUUUUGUUGUAAAUUCGGAUUCAUACAGAAGCUUACUGGAUUCGCUUCUUCAUUUAGCAACUGAUGUCCAACCUAAGGAAAGUUUAACAGCAUACACUUCAGAAUUGAAAAAUUCUUUUGUUGACUGGAGAUUUUUAAUGAAUGUUGAUUAUUUUUCUAUUAUUUCUGAAUGGAUUGGUUUAUCAGAUCUCACUAAAAAUGGGGAAUUUAUCGAGAGUGAAUUUCGGUUUGUCGGUCUGUUAGCAGCUGUGAUCAUGUCAGACUGUAAUAGAAUGAAUAAUUAUACCCGUUCAUAUUUGCACAACACAAAACAUGGGUUAUUCUUCUCGCCUCCAUCAGUCACUACCACCACUGCUAUUUGCUGGGAUCCACAAUCUCACUAUAGAUUAACAAACGAUUAUUUUCCACCUAUUUCAUCACACUUUAUGCAGCUGGAUCAAGUUGCAGAAUCGCUUUCAUUCCAAGCUUCAAAUUCUUCAAUGGCUUACAUUCCACAUGUCUUAGUCAUCCAUUACGUUUCUUCUUAUUGGUCUGAAGUUGGAAUGCACAUUGAAAGUUCGCUUAAAAGUCUUUGGAGUUUACUUGACUCUUAUCACCUCAGCGGACGCAAUUUUCCUCUUAUAUUACUUGUCGCAUUCUAUUCAGGAUCCUCUCAAAAAAUCCCCAUAGAAGCUGAAGGUAUUUUCCAUGGUUUAAAACUUAUUCAGCACUUAGCUCAAACUUAUGAAUGUCCUCUUUUUUUGCCAUCCUCGGAGUAUGAUCCAGUGAAGGCUGGAUUCACUACAUGCAGUAGUGAACAAGCCUCGUCUGUUGUGUCAGCAGUACAAGAAAAUGGUCCAACGAAUGUUUCGUUUUGUUCUGUCGAUUGUAACAAUAUUCCAUCUGCUGAAGUUGGGAUGAAGCCUUCUUUGGGCUUCUUGUCAGUAUCUCGGUCAGAUGAUGUAAGAGCUGUCCUUUAUAAUCGCGUUUUUGAAGGGAAUUUUCAUGGUUGGUUCCCUACUUCAGUAAUCUCUGAUGAAAGUCUAAAUUUAUCGGUCUCUUCAAAAACCACAUCAGAAUGUGCGUCGUCUAAGAUCCUUAGUGUACAACCUCAUCUUCCAUCUGAUUUUCAAGUGAUGAACUCAGCUCAUCCAUCAAUCCCAUACUCUUCAGAAUAUGGUGUAGUUACACUCCCUUGGUUACCCCUUAACCCAGCUGAUGCGUUUCACAUUCAGAGCCCAAGAACACCAGAAAACUUUCUCCCAGCAUCUGUAUCCUCUAAUCUUAUUGUUUGUAAAGAAUCUGACAAUCAUAGACAUUUGUCUCGAAAAAAUCGACUCAGUUCAAUGGAGCGGUGUGACUCACAACCUAUAUCAUGUGAUUUUUGUCAGAGUCACCCAAAAUGCAUUCAAUUUCCUCUUCCCGAAGAGUUCAGUUCAGUGUGUGCCCAGUCGUAUUCUGCUGCUAUUCCCCUGUCUGGUAUGAAUUCCUCUGUAGAAGAGUAUUACACUGAACUUCCCAAGAUUGGACAGUCAGAUGCUUUAGGAAUGGAGUCAUAUCGUCCACAUCCUAACAGACCUAAACGUCCUCACCCGCGUAUUUAUUCCUAUUCAUCUUCUCCUUCGUCUGUAUCUCAUGAACAAGGCGUAUUAUCUUCCGACAUGAUGUUUGAUCAAACGAAAACUGGAUUUUGUAAUUCGUUAUUCCAAAACACAUCACCUCAUACUUCUGAUCACCUGAUUGCCGAUAAUGUUUCAACUGUUUAUGCUGAAGUUAACGAUGCAUUUGUAUACAACACUCUUCCAUAUCACUGUUCUUCACUGGUACCGUCAUCAAAAGUGAUUUUUGUCCCCAGCAAAACAAUUUCAAACAUAGAUCAUUAUGAAAUAGCAGAUUAUUCUCUGCAAAAGCUUACCAAGUUAACGUUAAAUUCCUCUUAUCCUCAUCAUGUCCACACCUUCAAAUCCUGUGAUGAUAUGCAUCGAAAUAGUUUAACUGUUCCACUUGAUUCAAAUGAAAAUGGUUGCUCAAAUUCAUCGUAUAUUCACCAGUUAUCGAAUAAGUUUUCAUGUGAUAAAUUUUCCAAUGAUAUCAUUUCUUCCCGAAGUAACUCACAAUUUAACCCUAAACUAAAAAACUUGCCAGCUUUACCAUCCAUCGAGAUUUCGCCUUCUACAUUACCUUCUUGUUCGUCUUCGUUAUCCUCCAUUCCUUUCUUUUGGAGGACUAGUCACGUGAUAUGCCUUCCUGUUUUGGGUUCUGCGGAUUCGUUCAACGGUAGUUUUUCUUCUGUACCAUGUUCUUGGUCUACAUGUGUACAUACAUUGUCAACAGAAAAUUUCGACGGUGUUCAUAAAGCGUCUGAUACUUCAGCUUCAGGUUUACAAGGUGUCUGUAAAAAUUGUCGUAUCAAUCCCUCUCAACUUUGUGGUUCUCUGAUAUCAACGGGAAUUCAGUGCAAAUCGUUGAAUUCAGUCUCCCAUCCAUAUCAGAAACAACCUGUUACUACAAAUUUCAGUGCCACUAAUAGACUCGGUUUAUCCAGAAAGCCAUUUUUCCUGGACACCAUAACAGCAGCUGUCAAGCGUCACAACAGUUGGUUCCGACAAAACAUACGUGGUAAACAUGAAUCAAAACCGUGA